GGAGGCGUGAGGUGGAUAUUUUAAAAUCACAAAAAAUAGGACCUAGACCUAAGCAUGGACAGGAUUGUUUUACUUUUUCUACUUUCACUUCAAACAGCUGCGCCAAGAGAUUCUUAUUCCUUUUGGGCAUCUGCCAUUUACACCAACGGACAAACCCCCUUUCCCCAGUAUUUUGGCACAAUGAUGUUGAAUGAUGUCAGACUUCUGUACUAUAAUGGUGAGAAAGACACCUUCAUUGGAAGAGGAAAUACAACAAAUGAAGAAUCAGUGUUUAAUUCCAAUGAGCUGCAUAGCAUAGGUCAAGCCAUAAAAAACAGAUAUGCAAUAGUAGAACACUUCUAUAAACCAGAGGGUUUUAGUACUUUUCAAGCACUGGUUUUGUGUCAGCUGGACAAGGGCCGACCAGGACCAAUGAUCAUGUGGGAGGCUUUACAAGGCUCCACAAUAGAUGUGUUCCAUUGGUACAAUGGUACUUUAAAUUACACAGCUCAGGUGCCAACAAUCGGUUAUGAUGAAACUUCAAAGCAGUUUGAAAAUUUUUUUUACCCUUAUUGCACACAACUGCUCAAUGGUUUCCUUGAAAAAAGAAUAAAUCAAGUAAACAGAAAAGUAAAACCUGAAGUUCAUUUCAACCAGAAAUCUCCAGGGCCCCAUCUGCUUUGCAUGGCAACAGGAUUUUAUCCUCGUCACAUCAAUAUGACCCUGUUCAGAGACGGACAGCUUGUAGGUGAUCAUGAGAUCACUGGAGGAGAUCUUCUGCCCAAUGAUGAUGGGACGUACCAGAUGAGGAAGAUACUGAAGAUCAGUGCAGAUGAUAAACACAUUUACAGAUGCACUGUUUCACAUGUCAGUCUAGACAACCAACUCAGUUUGGAGCAUGAUAACUGGACACCAAUAAAGUUAGUGAUCAUCUUAAUCCCAACAGUUUUGGGUUUGGUGCUCAUAUCUGUGAUUGUAAUUGGCAUAAUUCAAGCAAAAAAGCGACGUGGAGUGACGACUUUAUUUCCUGUUUUUCAAUGGAGGAGGAAACAUGCAGUGCCUUUGCAACAUGUGAACAGUGUGGGCUCCGGUCACAGCAAUGAUUCAAUGAUUAAUGAUUCGUAAAUACCCUCAUAAGACGAUUCAUUAUUAAAUUCUUCUCAAAAUCUAGCCUGUUAAUUCAUUCAUUAUUAAAUAUUCUGACAUUUGUGAAAAAUGCUAAUUUUAAAGAAAAAGCUGUCCAUUUAUUUUGUGAUUGUACUAUAGGUAAUUACUAUUAGGCUGAUUUGAUUUAAGUACUUAUGUUUUUGCAAGUUGACAAAUAAAAAAUGUCAUGGUGUGACAGGAAAUUAAAAAAAAUUACAAUGUAGAUAAAUCUCUCAAACGAAGAGAAA